GAAAAUUACACGACGAGAGAAACAGAGAAAAAGUUUGACAGUUUUUGUUCCACUGAAUCGUCUGAAACAAUCAAUAAAUUCAUUGUGAAGUAUUUUGUAGGUGAUAUUCUAGUCAGUAAAGAGGAACAUCAACAGUUCUUGACAGGUGUUCAGUGGACUGUUCAGAUGAUGUCAUGGACUCCACAAAGGAUCUCAGUGGACAGACAGACACAGGGAAGGUCAAGAGGAUGCACAAACCCUGCCGAAGUGCUGCGGGGAAUCAGGAUGAUGAGGCCCAUUCAUCAGCGAAGCGUCAAUCGGUGAGACGGUGUGAUGUUCACGAGGACACUGUAGGGGAGCCGAAAGUUUUACCGCGAAAAGUCCUUCAGCUGGCUUGUGCAUAUGAACGGCAAUGUGUCAUUCAUGGAGAAUCUCCUGAAUCCAGCUGUGUGUCCAUGAAGAGUGACCGGUCAAUGGGUCAUCCACCUGGAUUCAGUUCAGGAGCCCCUUGUGCUGAUGUGAGUGUCAUUCAUGGAGAAUCUCCUGAACCCAGCUGUGUGUCCAUGAAGAGUGACGGGUCAAUGAGGCGUCCACUUCACUUCAGUUCAGGAGAGUCUUUGAUCAACUGCAGAAACAAACAAGAUACAUCAGAGUCAACUGCUGGGAAAGUGCCAUUGGACUCCAUUUUUGUGGAACUUGAGCACAAAAUCAUCUCUCUGAUGAAGAAAGAGCUGAAGAGUUUCAAGAGACUACUGAUCUCAGAUUCCCCAGCAUGCUCUGAGAGAGAGGAGGAGGAUGAUGAAGGUCAGAGCAGAGUCAGAGAGGGGUUUCUGAAGAUCACACUGCACGUCCUGAAGAAGAUGAAGCAGACAGACCUCGCUAACACACUUCAAACCAAACUGAUUUCUGUGCAUCAACAAAAACUCAAAACAAAACUAAAAGAGAAAUUCCAGAGAAUUACUGAAGGAAUGUCAAAUCAAAGCAGCUCAACACUUGUGAAUGAGAUCUACACAGAGCUGUACAUCACAGAGGGAGGGAGUGCAGAGAUCAAUAAUGAACAUGAGGUGAGACAGAUUGAGACAGCAUCCAGGAGAGCAGAGACACAGGAAACACCAAUCAAAUGCAAUGACAUCUUUAAAGCCUUACCUGGACAAGACAAAGCCAUCAGAACUGUGCUGACUAAAGGAGUCGCUGGAAUUGGGAAAACUGUCUCUGUGCAGAAGUUCAUUGUGGACUGGACUGAAGGAAAAGCAAAUCAGGACGUUCACUUCAUAUUUCCACUUCCUUUCAGAGAGCUCAAUCUGAUGAAGCACAAAAAUAUCAGUCUUAUGGAUCUUCUUCAUCAGUUUUUCACAAUUACAAAAGAACUGAGAUCAACAUUCCUUGAUGACUACAAAGUCAUUUUCAUUCUUGAUGGUCUGGAUGAGUGUCGACUUCCUCUAGAUUUCCAGAACAAUGAUAUUUUGUGUGAUGUGACAGAAUCGGCCUCAGUGGAUGUGCUGCUGACCAACCUCAUCAAGGGGAAUCUGCUUCCUUCUGCUCUGCUCUGGAUCACCUCUCGACCAGCAGCAGCCAAUCAGAUUCCUCCUGAGUGUGUUGACCAGCUCACAGAUGUACGAGGCUUCAAUGACCCUCAGAAGGACGAGUAUUUCAGGAAGAGAAUAAAAGAUGAGCGUCUGGCCAACAGAAUCAUCACACACAUGAAAUCAUCAAGAAGCCUGUACAUCAUGUGUCACAUACCAGUCUUCUGUUGGAUUUCAGCCACUGUUCUCCAGAGACUGUUGAGUGAAGCAGAGAGUGCAGAGAUCCCCAAGACUCUCACUCAAAUGUUCACACACUUCCUGAUCUUUCAGAGCAAACUGAAGAGCCAGAAGUAUGAUGGGAAAUGUGAGGUGGAUCUUCAGCAGGCUAGAGAGAGGAUUCUGUCUCUGGGAAAACUGGCUUUUCAACAGCUGGAAAAAGGGAACCUGAUCUUCUAUGAGGAGGACCUGAGAGAGUGUGGCAUUGAUGUCAGAGAAGCGUCAGUGUACUCGGGAGUUUGUACCCAAAUCUUCAGAGAGGAGUUUGGACUGCACCUGGGGAAGGUGUUCAGCUUUGUGCAUCUGAGCAUUCAGGAGUUUCUCGCUGCUCUGUAUGCUUUUCUUUCCUUUUAUCAACAGAAAUCAGGUCUCUUCAGUAAGUUUAGGUCAUCUAUGAGUGAUUUCCUGAAGAGUGAAGUGGACAAGGCCUUACAGAGUGAGAACGGACACCUGGACCUUUUCAUUCGAUUCCUUCUGGGUCUCUCACUGAAGUCCAAUCAGACAAUCUUACGAGACCUACUGACACAGACAGGAAGCAGCUCUGACAGCAAACAGGAAAUAGUUGAGUACAUUAAGAAGAAGAUCAGGAAGAAUCCCUCUCCAGAGAAAUCCAUCAAUCUGUUCCACUGUCUGAAUGAACUCAAUGAUCAUUCUCUAGUGCAGGAAGUACAAACAUACGUGAACAGAAGAGAUAUCAAUCGUCUCUCUGGAGUCCGUCUCUCUCCUGCUCAGUGGUCAGCUCUGGUGUUUGUGUUGCUGAACUCAGAAGAGGAGCUGGAUCAGUUUAAUCUGAGGAAAUAUGAUCCAUCACAUGAAUGUCUUCUGAGGCUGCUGCCGGUGAUCAAAGCAUCCAGAAAAGCUGAUCUGAUGGGCUGCAAUCUGACAGAGAAAAGUUGUUCAGCACUGGCCUCGGUUCUCAGCUCAAACUCCUCAAGUCUGAGAGAGCUGGAUCUGAGUAGCAAUGACCUGCAGGAUUCAGGAGUGAAACUGCUGUCUGAUGCACUGAAGAGUCCUCACUGUACACUGGACAUACUGAGAUUUGCAGCUUGUAGAUUCACUGGUCAGUGCUGUGAAAGUUUGUCUUCAGUUCUACAUUCAUCAAAAUCCCUGAGAGAGCUAGACCUGAGUAACAAUGACCUGCAGGAUUCAGGAGUGAAGCUGCUCUCUGAUGCACUGAAUAGUCCUAAAUGUACACUGGAAAUACUGAGAUUUGCAGAUUGUAGAUUCACUGGUCAGUGCUGUGAAAGUUUGUCUUCAGUUCUACAAUCAUCAAAAUCCCUGAGAGAGCUGGACCUGAGUUACAAUGACCUGCAGGAUUCAGGAGUGAUGCUGCUCUCUGAUGCACUGAAGAGUCCUCACUGUACACUGGAAAUACUGAGAUUUGCAGCUUGUAGAUUCACUGGUCAGUGCUGUGAAAGUUUGUCUUCAGUUCUACAAUCAUCAAAAUCCCUGAGAGAGCUAGACCUGAGUAACAAUGACCUGCAGGAUUCAGGAGUGAAGCUGCUCUCUGAUGCACUGAAUAGUCCUCAAUGUACACUGGAAAUACUGAGAUUUGCAGAUUGUAGAUUCACUGGUCAGUGCUGUGAAAGUUUGUCUUCAGUUCUACAAUCAUCAAAAUCCCUGAGAGAGCUGGACCUGAGUAACAAUGUCCUGCAGGAUUCAGGAGUGAAGCUGCUCUCUGAUGCACUGAAGAGUCCUCACUGUACACUGGACAUACUGAGAUUUGCAGCUUGUAGAUUCACUGGUCAGUGCUGUGAAAGUUUGUCUUCAGUUCUACAAUCAUUAUACUCCUUGAGAGAGCUGGACCUGAGUAACAAUGACCUGCAGGAUUCAGGAGUGAAGCUGCUCUCUGAUGCACUGAAGAGUCCUCACUGUACACUGGAAAUACUGAGAUUUGCAGCUUGUAGAUUCACUGGUCAGUGCUGUGAAAGUUUGUCUUCAGUUCUACAAUCAUCAAAAUCCCUUAGAGAGCUGGACCUGAGUAACAAUGACCUGCAGGAUUCAGGAGUGAAGCUUCUCUCUGAUGCACUGAAUAGUCCUCACUGUACACUGGAAACACUGAGAUUUGCAGCUUGUAGAUUCACUGGUCAGUGCUGUGAAAGUUUGUCUUCAGUUCUACAAUCAUCAAAAUCCCUGAGAGAGCUGAACCUGAGUAACAAUCACCUGCAGGAUUCAGGAGUGAAGCUGCUCUCUGAUGCACUGAAGAAUCCUCACUGUACACUGGAAAUACUGGUUGACUGA